AUGCCUGUAGGUAUAUACAGGGGGAAGUACGAAUGGGCGAACGAGCACAGCCCGCUCGGCGGAGACUGUUCUCUCUGGGUCAGAGCUGCUACUCUUCAGCUUGAUGAUGGGCAGUGGCAGUGCCAAGUCACAGCUAGCAAUUACGAUGUUCAGGAUGCCCUAUCCAGUCCGCCAGCAGCAUUGGCGGUGCGCGUACCACCUCAGACUCCGAGGAUCCUGUUCAAUGGGUCCCAUGUGCUACCAGGCCAGAAUAUUACGGUCCCAGCUGGUUCUAGAGCGACUGUGGUCUGCGAAGCUAGAUAUGGAAACCCACCAGCGUAUAUCGAGUGGUACUUAGAUAAGGAACGCUUAACGGCCUGGAGCCAAACCAACGCGUCCGAAGUGGAGAGACCCAGGGUGUGGGCGGCGCGUUCUGUGCUAGACCUUGGUGCCACUAGAGUUGCUCAUGGACGACAGCUGGCCUGCCGAUCGCACCAUCCUUCAUACCCAUCGCCAUACUAUAGGGAUUCUUAUACAAUGUUGGAUGUUACUUUUGUACCUGUGGUGUCCAUAGUUGGUUCAGAUGCUAGCAGCCUAGCAAGUCUGGAAGAAGGUUCGAGUGCCCUCACCCUCGAAUGCCGAGCCGAUGGCAACCCGAGUCCUUACGUCUGGUGGACUAAAGAUGGCCAGGUCAUCGGCACUAAUGGACCGAGGCUUAUCAGGGCUCCGGUGUAUAGAAAUCAUUCUGGUAUCUACGGAUGUCAGGCAAGGAACUCGUUGGGCACAUCUGAACCUGUGAAAAUAGAGAUCGAUGUUAAAUAUCCUCCUCGCGUGAUCUGGGUCGGUCCAGAUACAGUGGUUGAGGCAAAUCUAUUCACCCAAGUUACUUUGGAGUGUAAGGCAGAGGGAAACCCAACACCGAGCUACCAGUGGUAUCACAAUCCAUCACCAUCCAUGAACCACCCGGAUGAAGGUUACCCAAUAUCAUCCACCCCCCAACUGCAGCUUCACAACGUAUCCUACACCCAGCACGGAAGGUACACUUGUGUGGCCAUCAAUCAUAUUGGACUUGAAGAGCGAACUCACCAAUCAGAAGCGAUCACCCUUAAUGUCCUAGGACCCCCAGUGGGGGCAGAAACGGGCACUGCCCAUGCUUGGAGUGGAGGGGAGGCGAAGGUGCAAGCUACUGUAUGUGCUGAUCCACCGCCACGAAGAGCAGCCUGGUUGUGGGGCAGCUUGAGACUGGAUGUUCCUUCCUCUAUCGGUCGUUACAAAGCUAUCGAUGCGACCAGUAUAAACGGGUGCUACAGAUACACGCUGACAAUCAGUAGCGUCAGCAUGUCGGACGCUCGGGUCUACGUCCUUCACGUCGAGAACGAACGGGGCUUUUCGUCACACGCUGUGUCCCUCACGGUGCAUGAUAAUUUUUCGCUAACAGAGACCGCGCACGUCGCCCCGUUGAUUGUGGCGGCGCUCGUGAUCGCCGCACUGCUCGUGAUUGUUCUGUGCCUCAUAUUGAGGUGCAGGAGGAGAAGGGAAAGUGUCGAGUACAAAGCAGAUGAUUUAGAUAACGAGAAGACAGUUUUACCAGCGGACGCAGUGUACGCUCCUCGUGAACAACCUCGGCCUCCUAAUGUUCGAGGUGGAGGAGCUAACGUAGAAGCACCCGUGAUGACGUCACGGUACUCCCCCGCAGCGCUCCAGGUGCGCCGCGCUGCCGUCGUGCUCCAGCCACCCACUACCGCCGCUUUGUCGUCGCUAGAGAGAGAAGCCAAAGAAAAUGUAUACGCGGUACUCGACCCGCAUAUACAAUACGAGUUAUCGAUAAACAAGCACGGCGAACCGCCCAAAUAUUUAUCGCUGUCAAAGCCUCUAACUCACCAAAGAACGCACGCUUUCGAUCCGCUAAAUUUUAAUGAAGUUAAUAAUAACAAUAUUAAGUUUACCACAUUCAGACAGGAAUCCAGAAUAAGAAAGUCCGAUAGGAGUAGCAAAAACAAUAGAAAUAAGAAUCUCGUAUGUAAUAGCAAUUUUGAUAUAGAGUACUCGAGAGAUCCCCUCUUCGGUAAAGCGAAAGGUUUGGAUCCAAAUUUAGACAGAAACAGAAUUCGCAAAAGCAAGCGCAGCGCUUACGAAAAAAAUAUAGCAGGAAAACUUAGUAAUGUACAAAUUCACGAACGAGCAGACAACAAAAAAGAAGCAGCCAAACCUCAUAGACAUGAUAUAAAGGAUUAUUACAAUGAAAAGGAACGAUCGAUAGAAGAUAUAGAAGAAAGCAAAGUACAAUAUGACAAAAUAGAAGAAGAAUUCAUGCCCCGUAAGGGUAAAGUUAAAGAAAUUGCCUCGCGAUUUGAUCGAAACAGCGUGAACAACUUGAGCAAAUCAAGCAACGUUAGGAACGAGAGACCUAAGCCUUUACAGAGUUUUUGUGAUCAGAAAUAUUUAGACCAUGUGUUCCCAGAUGCUGUAGAAAUUUAG